AUGGAAGAUGCGCACACCUGUGUUGUUUCCCUAGGACCCAUGAAAUGGUCAUUCUUUGCUGUUUUUGACGGACACGCUGGCAAGGUUGCCGCUGAGAUUUGCUCUCGCGAGCUUGUCGACAAAAUCGAGCAAGUUCUUACCGAUGACGUUUUGAAAGGAUUGACGGACUCGGGAGAAUAUAACUGUGAAGCUGUUAUUACGCAAAUCAAAAAGUCGUUUUUAAACAUGGAUCAAAUUUUGCGAAAGGAGCUCAAUACUCAGGGCGACCGAUCGGGAACAACUUGCACGGCUAUUCUAAUUUCGCCAAAUCACUUCUUCUUUAUUAACUGCGGCGACUCGAGAUCGAUUCUCGUCCGGGAGGACUCCGUUAAGUUUUCUACAAAGGAUCACAAACCUACAGAUGAUGAUGAGCGGGACCGUAUCGUAAGAGCUGGCGGUCUUGUCAUGACCCAGAGAAUUAAUGGUUCUCUUGCGGUGUCGAGAGCGCUCGGUGAUUUUGAUUACAAAACCGAUCAAAAUCGCUUGCCAACGGAGCAGUUGGUCUCUCCUGAGCCAGAUGUAACAUGCCUGAAGCGAGACCCCGAGGAUCAAUAUAUUUGUCUUGCAUGUGAUGGCAUUUUUGAUGUGUUCUCUAACGAAGACCUUGCUGCAUAUAUUUCUGGACGACUUCGAGUCAAAGACUCACUUGAUAUGGUCGCAGCAGAAAUUGUUGACACUAGUCUGCACAAGGGUUCUCGAGACAAUAUGUCCGUUGUGCUUUUGACCCUCCCUGCCUGCCCUGAGAUAAAUCAAGAGGCCGUCGAUCAAGAAAAGAAACUUGAUGAGAUCCUUGAGGAGGCAGUAAAAGAGACCAUCACGGAAUGCCGUGAGAAGAAUCCAGACAUGUACCUUACCCUCGUUGACAUUUUGAACGAAAUUCAACGAAAACCAUGGACCGCUCAAUUCAGCCCUCUACUGCCACCAGGCGGUGGACUUGUGUCUAAAUACUCAACGAUUGAUCAGCUCAUCUGCAAGCACGAUCCGAGCGACAUGUCGGAGCAACGACCUCGAGUCAAUUUAAACGGAUUAUUAUUCAAGCAACGCAUGGACAAUGUAAAGAACGGUGACGGUGACAAGGGCGCUAGCAAAGGUGGCCGGCGCAAUAGGUACCGCAAAAAAGAUAAAAAAGAAGAAGGCACUGAGUUCAAAAAAGAAAAGGCCAACGCAAAUGUUGGAAGCAAGGCUGGAGGCGAAAAGAACCGCUUCCAAAAGAAGCAAGACGGACGUGCGCUCAUUGCAAAAUCUGAUACAACUGCUGGUGUUAUCGAAGACCUGAAGAAAAAAUUUCCAAGGGAUUUCGAAAAGCACAAAAUUAUUGUGGUGCAGCAUACAAACCCGAUAAAGACAGCUAUCAUGCCAGUUAUCCAGCGGUUGACAGGCUUUUCAGGCUCUCACUUCGCAGAGGAGCAUGAUGACAAAGCGAAAGACGGUUCCAUGUGGACUCAGUUCCGAUGGCGAAGCUACGAGCAAGCAGCCGAAGCAAUCACGACCAUUCGUCUUGCUUCGAGUCAUAGAAUUGUUGAUGGAAUUGACAUUGUGGACUUUGAUAAACAUACUCGACUGACGACGAAGCGCGACAUCGAGAGGCGCAAAGCUAGACAGGAAAAGACAGGCAAAGAAAAGGCGAAACGAAAAGAAGAACCGGUACGAGCUCCAAGAAAGCUUACUGCCCGGGAUAUAAGAAGACCACCCCCCUCAGAUACCCAUAAGACACUUUGUCUCAACUGCAUAGAGCAUAAGGACUUCAAUGCCUUACGUAAUUUGGCGUUGGCAAUCGGAGAUCCAGCAGGAGUUAAAUCGUUGGGAUCCAAAAACCGACAGAAUUGUUACACCGGUUUCAUCGAGAUGAAAACGCAACAAGAAGCCAUUGAGCUUUUUGAUUACGUCGACGUUAUGGAGCCAGACUAUACUGUUCUUUGGGCAAAAGAGGAUCGCAUUGCCAACGAAACGCUGAACGAGAAAAAGCAUAGACAGUUUAUGCGCAAUUGGGGUGACAAUACGAUUGCGAAUGUUAUUUCGACAGCUCCAAUGACUGAAGAGUCUAUGGAUGCACUAAUUUCCGAUAUCUUCAGAGAAUCUGUGAUUAAGAAAGACAUAAAAAAUGUUCUUGCCAAUCAAUGCUACUACAACGAACUGACCUUUUGCUCUAAAGAUAGUGCCAAAAUGUUCUUUCAUAGUUCCUAUCUAUUCCCGACAAAAGGAGUUGAAGUAAAGCCCGCCUUACACCGUGUAAACACACAACCGCACCUAUCAAAAGAAGAAGUUGACGCUGGCAUUGAGAGCGAAAUAUACUUCAAGUCACCGCUUCGCAUCGCUAAUAACUACCAGAAUGCAUUUGUCACAGAUCCCAAAGGCGGGAGCGACCUAUUUGUCCAAGGACGAAAAGAUCAGAAUCGAGCUUUGCCAGGCGACAUCGUCGCCUAUAAAAUUAAGCCCGAAGAUACAUGGGUCACUCGAAAGUCGGGUGAAAUACAGAGAACUGCCGAGAUUGUGGCAAUUAUCGAAUCGCGCUCGAACAAGAGAUGUGCAGGUGCAUUUUCUGACACUGUGCUUUCUGGAGUCAAUACUGGAGAUUUAUUGUUCAUUCCAAUGGAUAGUCGGCUGCCACGAUUGUUAGUUGCAAAGUCUUCUCUGGCAGAAGAUAUGCUCAAGAACAUAAAGGACAUAAUUUCCAGGAAAAUUGUGUAUGAAGCAAGAAUAACAGAAUGGGAAGAAGGAGCCCAGAAUGCGCGUGCCGUUCUAUCAAAUGAAAUUGGUGAUCCAAAUGAUCUUCAAGUCCAAAUGGACGCGAUUUUGGUGGAUAAGAACAUCGAUACCCGCGAUUGGGAAACAUUUGAAGUCGACGACGAGCUUCCAGGAAGCGACUGGAAGAUAACUGACGAUCAAGUUGCCAAACGCCGUGAUUUCCGGAGGGAAUGCGUCUUUACGAUCGAUCCUCAGACGGCUCGCGAUCUUGACGACGCGCUUCACAUUAAAAAAUUAGAUGAUGACGUCUACGAAGUUGGUGUUCAUAUUGCAGAUGUCGCAUUUUUUGUUCCUCCAGGAGGAAAGAUCGACAAGAUAGCAUCACAGCGAUGCACUUCUACUUACAUGCCAGAUCGGGUAGUACCUAUGCUUCCACGACGACUAUGCGAAGAACUUUGCUCGCUCAAUCCUCUUGUCGAACGAUACAGUUUUUCAGUUGUUUUCAAACUUGACUCCGAAGGAAAUCAGCUCGAAGAGCCCUGGUUCGGUCGCGGUAUUAUUAAGAGCUGUGUGAAAUUCUCCUAUGAAAACGCGCAGAACUUCAUUGAGAACCCAGAUGACGAAGUCAUCGACGACAAUGAAUUUCCCGAGGUCCUCAAUGGCUACUGCCUCGAAUCAAUCAGGAAGUGUGUUCUAAUGCUUGACAUGCUGGCCAAGAAAUUACGAGAGAGAAGAGUCGCCAACGGCUGUAUCAGAAUCGAACAGCCGAAGAUCGGCUUUACUUGGGAUGAAGCUACCAAGACUCCCAAUGGCUUCUUCCCUUAUGUACGAAAAGAUUCGCAUAUGAUGAUCGAAGACUUCAUGCUUUUGGCAAAUAUCGCCGUAGCUGAAAAAAUCGAGCGUCAUUAUCCUGAUUUGGCAUUUCUGCGACAACACCCAGCUCCCAACCAGGAUAAGAUUAGCGAAGUUGUUGAGGAAUUGAAGAAACACGGGGUCGAACUCGAUGCUUCCUCUUCUCGCGAUCUCGCUCGAUCUCUUGAGAAAGUAACGUUACAGAUGGAAGAACAGAAUCCUGGAAGUGCACAUGUUUUUCAAUCUGCAAUUUCCCUCCUUACCGUGAAGACAAUGCAACUCGCGAAGUACAUCUGCACAGGUGACAUUGAAGAUCGCUCCGACUACCGCCAUUAUGCUCUCGCCGUCCCCCUUUACACGCAUUUUACAUCGCCUAUUCGACGAUACGCUGACCUUGUCGUCCAUCGUCAGCUUGCUGCUGCUAUUGGUUGGGACGAGUCCUUUGAUACUCCGCAAGAGUCACUUACACAGCAGGCCGAGAACUGUAAUGAGCGUAAACUGCAAGCCAAGCUUGCUGGAGAAGACGGAUCCGAUGUUUACCUUUGGUGCAUGAUUAAGCGGAUCACAAAAGACUCUGAAUUUAUUAUGGAUGGUGUCGUUACUGGUCUCGUAGAAUACGGACUCGAAAUAUUGCUCCACGAGACCGGAUUCACUCUGCGAAUUUACUACGGAGAGAUGGAGGCUACAAAGUAUAAUAUUUUUGAAAAGAAUGGUUACAAAGCUGUGUCUAUCACAUGGGCGAAGGAUAAAAACCACUUGGUCGAUGCUCUGCAACGAAUACUCCCAAUAAGAGUCGACCUGGUAUUUCUCUUGGAACCGCCGAGUACUCCUACUUCACUCCAAACUGCCAAGAUGGAGACCUUUGGUAUGUUCGAUGGAGGGGAGACGGGUGACACUCAAAAUAGAUCCGGAACCUUCCAGCAGACUGCACAGAGCAGAUCUGCAGUAGUAGCAGUUCAGCAACCAAAAGGUGGACCCCGCCCUGCGUCUCAAGCGCUCUACCGAGCUCCUGUGCAACGCGAAAACAACUCCCAAAUCGUCCCAAAAGAUGUCGGCGACAGGUCUCUCCUAGGCUCCAAUGCGUCAGCAAAUUUCGAAACAUACAAUGACACCAUCGCGACGCGAGCGCGUGUAUGGGCUGGUCAAGGACCUGAUCCUUUCUCUCGUUCAGGAAGACUGGAUCCCAAUAGGCCUAUCAUGGUGACUGAAGUGAAAGCAUUUUUAUAUGCAUUCUGUGGGCGUCAACGCUCCCUGCCCGAGUACGAGACUAAACCAGCAGGAAGAGAUAAAAAUGGAUGGAUGAGUUACUUUUCGACAGUGGCGCCGACUGGUUUUCCUUAUGUAGGGCAAGGAACAGCCCAAACAAGAAAAGAAGCUCAAACUGCUGCUGCUUGGGACUUCAUUGACUACUUAUCAAAGCAGGGGAUGAUUAACGAGAUGGAUUUGCCUCUUAGAGAAGAAAAAUAUAAACUCGCUACAUGUCAAAAUUACAACGUCUUUAUCGGUCCGAAGCCAGGAGCCGAGCCCAUAACAAGAAAGAAAAUAGCAAAAACUAUGAACUUCGUUGGCGGAACACGAUUAAAAGAAACGCAUGGCGAACUUUCCGGUGGAUUUGAGGAAGAACGUUUCGCAGAUUCCAACGUUGAAAAGAGUAAUGGCGUCAAAGUGAAGCAAACAGUUAUCGUCGAGCUAAAUCCCGAAAACAUGGAAGCAAAACCUCAAAAGAAGCAAAGACCUAAGUCACUGUACGAGCAAGCCAAAGAAAACGAAAUCGUCGGCUCAGAGUACAUUGAGGUUGUUCCAGCUACGGGAAGAAAUCCAGCAAAGUUCAGAUGUAGACUUUGUGACUGUGAUUUCAACGACGAGACUGCCAAAAAUACUCAUCUAAAAGGAAAAAGGCAUAAGCUUACGUACAAGACUAAGGUUGACCCGGAGUAUGACGUAAAAUGUAAUUUCAAGCUUAUACAGCAGAUGAAACUCAAAAUGUGGCAACAAAGAGUCCCCCAAAUGAUCGCCGAAAAAGAAGAGCGACUAGAAAGAAGAGAUCGCGCCGCCGACAUGCGUAAUCUCAGAGUCUGGGAUGGUAAACAUAUAGAAGUGAAGCUUAAAGAAAUUAUCCCUCAACUGAUGGAAGAAAACGAGAUCAAAGACUCAGCUGAAAAGGUUGAGAACUGCGUCAAGCAGGUCUCCGACGAAACAAUGCUCGAUGGUCAACGAACAAUCCGCGGCGUCAUGCGCGUCGGACCUGCAGCAAAAGGAAUCCUCGUGGCUGGCGAGAAACAAGUCCAUCUUGUUAUUCAAUGUCAAAACCCACCUACAAUUGAUUUCUUGGACGAUGUUGUUGAGAAACUUGGACCAAAGCUUGGUAACGGUUACCGAAUAGAUAUUUUGCAGGAAGAAUGCGGGUUUGGAAUCACUUCUCCGACGAACGUAGAAAUCGUUGUUCGACUAGCCUGUCUGGCGUUGCGUCCAGAAAAUAGAAGAGAUGACGAGCCUGAUCCUGAAUUAACGGAAAAUCAUUUGGAUGUUGAACCGCAGCUAGCUGCCCUCUCUGAACUUAGACGAGCGAAAUGGUUCCGUGCUCGAGCCAAUGCUAACCAUAGACCAGUUUUACGAAUCAUGAGAGAUCUCUGCGCGCGUGUAGGAACAUGGGCACCACUUUCUGGCUGGCCGCUUGAAGUUAUUUGUUGCGACUGCCUGGAAACUCCUUUUGAACGGCCUCCUUUUUCCACUGCUGAAGGAUUCCGUCGUGUAUUUGAGUGUAUUGCUUCUGGUCUGCUGUUGCCUGGGACAAACGGGCUUAAGGAUCCUGUUGAAAAGGACUUAACAAAUAUUCUUGAUUGUAUUGAGAUUCAAGAAGCUGAAGAUAUCACUGCCUCCGCUCAACACGCGCUCCGACUUAUGGCGUAUAGGCAAAUUUAUAAAGUUCUCGGAGUCAAGGAACAAACAUCAAUGCAACCGAUGCUCGAGCCAGAGCUAGAAUUAGAUGUCACAGGGGAGCCUGAACGAAAACGCCUCGCCCUGAUGGGCGCGACUGCGAGUGCCCUCGGAAUUCAAGCACCACCGGGGGCAAAUUAG